CAAUAAGUUUCAAGCCUUGUAGAACGCAACCGGCCUAACUCUUACCUCGCCGGCGCUACUCCCGCCACCACCCGUCCCACCACCCCACCGCGUCAGCAUGACGCCACCUCCGGACUCACAGUGGGGCCACAAAGUCUCCGCCAAGGUGCUCUCACUCUACAACUCGCUCCCCAAGAAAGGGAAGCCUCAGGGCCGCGAAGUCUCCGUCGUGGCCGCCUUCCUCCUCUCAUCUCCUCUCCAAGAACUGGAAGUUGUCGCGUUGGGAACCGGGACCAAAUGCCUCGGCAGCUCACUCCUCAGCCCCCGCGGCGAUGUCGUUAACGACUCCCACGCUGAGGUCAUCGCUCGCCGCGCUCUGAUCAGGUUGUUCUAUGCGCAGAUUGAAUGUCUUUCUCGAGUUGAUAGUAAGGAGAGGGAUGACAAUGUAAGCAAACGAUUGCGGAGUGAUGAUGUGGAGAGGUUUAUGUUUGAAUUGGAGCAAGAAAGUGGUGAUGGAGGAGGGAAGUACAGAAUGAAGAAGGGUUGGAAGUUGCAUAUGUAUAUAUCCCAACUGCCUUGUGGGAUUGCUUCGUCGAGCUGUCUGUUGUCUCCCCCGAAAUGUAUCACACCUAGUGGAGGGGGUUCAUUUGACGAGUUCGUAAAUGAGGAGGCUUUGAUUGAGAAUAAUGGUGACGCUUCGCAACUGAUUGGUACGGUUCAAAGGAAGCCUGGUCGUGGUGAUACAACAUUGUCGGUUAGCUGCUCUGAUAAGAUAGCCCGUUGGAAUGUCGUUGGAGUUCAAGGGGCUUUGCUUUCCUUCUUUCUUCAACCUAUAUACAUUUCUUCUAUUACUGUUGGGCAAUCCCCUAACAACAACUCUGAAAAGGUUGAUGUGAUUGAUUGUCUGAAACAAUCUUUGCAUGAUCGUGUCCUACCAUUAUCAAGCAAGCUGACCAGUCCCUUUCAAGUGAACCAGCCACUACUCUGGGAAGCUCCAAUGCCACCAAAGGAAUUUCAACAUUCUGAGACUGCUUUGUCAACUAUAACAUGCGGGUACUCAAUAUGUUGGAGUAAGUCUGGUUUGCACGAAGUCAUUCUUGGAACCACAGGAAGAAAGCAAGGCGCUGCAAAAGGGUCACGCAGUCCUUCUACUGAAUCGCCAAUAUGCAAAAAGCGGCUUUUGGAGAUGUUCGUGUCCCUAAGAGAUAAAUGCCCCACCAAAAUCCAUGUCAAUGAGAUUUCAUAUCGAGAUAUCAAGGAAAUGGCUCAUGAAUACAAUGCAACGUCAAAAGUUCUAAAAAGCGCACAUACCUUUAGUAACUGGCUAUUGAAGCCCCGAGCUUUGGAGGAAUUCUCUACUAUGGGAGAGGGAGGUCAUCAACUCAAGACACUGAUGUGGCUAGAAAGGGGUUCUACCGGCUUUGAGGACCAACAUAUGAGCUAUGGGUUCAAGUCACUAACUGGGAAAAUGUCAUCUACCUUCAAUAGCAUGUUGCUGCAAACUGACACAUCAAUCUGGAAACAUGUUUGUUGACAGACUCAAGGAGUAACACUGCACCGGAAGAUUGGUUCUUUGUCCCCCCCCUCCAGUGCAAGUGCCUAGGGAGAGCAAAAGAAGCAAAUGAAUUUGCGUAGUGCAGUAACGUAAUGUCUGCCAUGGAAUUCCAAAUGGUUCACUGACGUUCAAUGGAUUGCUUAACAGGUUAAGUACUUGUUACUCAAACUUCCCAAGUCAUUAACUUCAUUUUCAUAAUCCGUCGACUUAUUCUUUACUUUAGUAGACCAUCGACUUCUUAAACGACGAGUAAGUUGCACGGAAUUGGUUGUGAUGAUAAGCCUAACUCUAACCCACCAGUCCAACCUACCAGUUAUUGCACCCGAGUUGGAGAAACACUCCUGUGAGAUGGGUGCAAUGCUACUCCCUCGAAGAAUUAGUGUUCGAUAAUGAUAUCGCAGUACUGUUAGCUAGGUACAUCGCAUGGUUUCGACGCAUAUUCAGUAAUGUAUGUAGAUCCUUCACACUUGAGGAACGUGUGCAUUCACGCCCGGCCCUUGGAAGAGAAGGAAACACAGCAAGACAUCCCUAUAAGGUGGAGCAUAAGCCGGGGGUCUCCAAUAAGUUUCAUCUUCCUAUGUGCUACUGUUACUCUUGGCAACCCUCCAUAUCAUAUUACGUUUUUCACCAGCUUCAUUUGACGUUCAAACUGCAUUUCUCUGCAAGUCACCUUUAACUGUCACUAGUUUUCACCCUUCAGUAACUUACCCGUUCUUAAUACGCUGAUCAAUCCUUGUGACUUUCG